UCUCCCGCUCUCCUCAUCAUCAUCUUUCCAAUGGACCAGCCAACGACGCCUGUAACAGCAGAUUUCUCCUCUUCGCCACCCAAGCGCACCAAGAUUGUACUUCUGGGAGACCAGAGUGUUGGCAAAACAAGUCUCAUUACUCGCUUUAUGUAUGACACGUUCGACAACACCUACCAGGCCACCAUCGGCAUCGACUUUCUCAGCAAAACGAUGUAUCUCGAGGACAGGACAGUGAGGUUACAACUUUGGGAUACUGCGGGCCAAGAGCGAUUCCGCUCACUUAUACCUUCAUAUAUUCGUGAUUCCUCAGUCGCAAUUGUUGUUUUUGAUAUCACAAACCGGCAGUCAUUCUUGUCGACAACGAAGUGGAUAGAAGAUGUACGUUCUGAGCGUGGAAACGACGUUAUCAUUGUACUGGUCGGGAACAAGGCAGAUUUGUCGGACAAACGGCAAGUGACGCUGGAGGAAGCGACCGCUAAAUCGACGCAACUGAACAUAAUGUUCAUGGAAACUUCUGCUAAAGCUGGGCACAAUGUUAAAAGUCUGUUCAAGAAGAUUGCGCUGUCGCUGCCAGGAAUGGAGAAGGAGGGUCAAAACGAUGCCAAUACUAAAAUUGAUGUUACGACGCAGUCUGCGGGCGAGGUGCCUGAAGCGUCGCAAUGCAACUGUUAA